AUGGCUGAAACUCAGAGGGGGGCAGGAAGCCCAUCAGUCUCCGCCCAGUAUGGAGGUGUCGUCAGCUCACCUCAGUUUACAGAUGUCCAUGUGGGAGGGAAUAUAACGCUUAAUGUCAGCAACACAUUUGUCACGUCUCCUGACAGGACAGAUGAGACGAAAGCCGUUUCUCCCAAAACCGAAGGGUGGGCACAGAAUAAAGAUGGGCGACCUCUGGAUGAUAUCUACACAGAUCUGUACGUCAAAGCUACUGGUGACGUACACAUCAACACACAGCAUGAGGUCAGGCAGAUUGAGACAGUGAAGCCAACAGAUACAGAGACAGCAAUUACACCUUGUGACAUGUUCAAACACCCCUCUGUAAAAAACAGACCCAUAAGAACAGUGCUCACCAAUGGAAUCGCAGGAAUUGGAAAAACAUUUCUUGUGCACAAGUUUGUGUUGGACUGGGCUGAAGGAAGAGCCAAUCAAGAUGUGCAUCUCGUUUUCCCCUUCACCUUCCGCCAGCUGAAUUUAAAGAAGGGGGAAAAGUGGUGUUUGGCAGAGCUCAUUCAUGAAUGUAUCUGGGAGACCAGAGACAUCAAAGAAGAAGCUCUUAAUCACAUCUUUACAGCUCUGCAGUCAUCAGGAAACACCAACUUUGACAAGAGUGAAUUCAAACUUCUGUUUGUUUUGGAUGGACUGGAUGAGAGCCGCCUUGAUCUGGACUGCUCCACCAAUAAAAACCAGACAGUUAAAAUUGAUGUGACAGCACCGACCUCAGUGGAUGAGCUGCUGACGAACCUCAUCAAGAAGAAACUGCUUCCCUCUGCUCGCAUCUGGAUAACCACACGACCUGCAGCAGCCAAUCAGAUCCAUUCUGAUUUUGUAGACAUCGUGACAGAGGUCAGAGGGUUCACUGACCCACAGAAGGAGGAGUACUUUAGAAAGAGAUUCACAGAUCAGGAGCAGGCCAGCAGAAUCAUCUCCCACAUCAAGACAUCACGGAGCCUCCACAUCAUGUGCCACAUCCCAGUCUUCUGCUGGAUCACUGCUACAGUUCUGGAGGACGUGUUGAAGACCAGAGAGGGAGGAGAGCUGCCCAAGACCCUGACUGAGAUGUACGCAGAAUUCCUGGUGUUUCAGAUUCAUCAGACAAUAGAGAAGUAUGACCCAGAAGAGUACAUUCAGUACAUUGAGUCAUUAGCAAAACUGGCUUACCAUCAGCUGGAAAAGGGCAACCUGAUCUUCUACGAGAAAGAUCUAGAAGAGAGUGGCAUUGACAUCAGUGGAGCGGUGUGCUCAGGAGUGUUCACAGAGAUCUUCAAAGAGCAACGUGGGAGGAAGAAUGAUAAAAAAAAGAUGUUUAGCUUCAUCCAUCUGAGUGUUCAGGAGUUUCUGGCUGCUUUUCAUGUAGCGAGUGCAGUCAUUAACAGAAAUGAGAAUGUGAUGUUCGGGCAAAGUAUCUUCAAAAAAGUGUGGGAAGUUUUCAGCAGAACAUCUAUGACAGAGGUCCACAGGUUUGCUAUUGACAAGGCCUUACAGAGUCCAAACGGACACCUGGACUUGUUCCUCCGAUUCCUCCUGGGUCUUUCCCGGCAGACCAAUCAGAUUGUCCUUGAAGACCUGCUGGCUCAGACAGGAACUAGCUCAGAGACCAAUCAGGAAACCGUCAACUACAUCAAGAAGAAGAUCAGUGAGAAUCUGUCUGCAGAGAAAAACAUCAAUCUGUUCCACUGUCUGAAUGAACUGAAUGAGCAUUCUCUAGUGGAGGAGAUCCAACAGUACCUGAGUUCAGGAAGUCUCUCCACAGAUAAACUCUCUCCUGCUCAGUGGUCAGCUCUGGGCUUCAUCUUACUGUCAUCAGAAAACGAUCUGGACGUGUUUGACCUGAAGAAAUACUCUGCUUCAGAGGAUGUUUUUCGGAGGCUGCUGCCAGUGGUCAAAACCUCCAAAAAAGCUCUGCUGAGUGGCUGUAACCUGUCAGAGAGAAGCUGUGAAGAUCUGUCCUCAGUUCUGAGCUCCGAGUCCUCUAGUCUGAGAGAGCUGGACCUUAGUAACAACGACCUGAAGGAUUCAGGAGUGAAGCUGAUCUCUGCUGGACUAAAGAGUCAAAACUGUACACUGGAGACACUCAGUCUGUCAGGCUGUCUGAUCACAGAGGAAGGCUGUACUUCUCUGGCCUCAGCUCUCAGAUCCAACCCCUCCCAUCUGAGAGUGCUUGACCUGAGCUACAAUCAUCCAGGAGACUCCACAGUGAAGCUGCUGUCUGCUGGACUGGAGAAUCCACACUGGAGACUGGACACUCUCAAGGUGGAUCAUUGUGGAGAGCAGAGGCUGAAACCUGGUCUGAAGAAGUAUUCCUGUGAACUCACACUGGACACAAACACAGUGAACAGAUACCUCAAACUGUCUGACAACAACAGGAAGGUGAUAUGGGUGAAGGAGAAGCAGCCAUAUCCUGAUCAUCCAGAGAGGUUUGACCAGUGUUCUCAGCUGCUGUGUAGAGAUGGUCUGACUGGUCGCUGUUACUGGGAGGUCGAGAGGAGAGGACAUGUUUUUAUUUCAGUGAGUUACAGAGGAAUCAGCAGGAGAGGAGACAGUGAUGACUGUGUGAUUGGAUAUAGUGAUCAGUCCUGGUGUCUGGAGUGCUCUUAUAUCUAUGGUUACACUGUCAUUCACAACAACAGAAGAACAGACGUCUCCUCCUUCGCCCCUCUCGCUGAUAGAGUAGGAGUGUAUGUGGACUGUCCUGCUGGCUCUCUGUCCUUCUACACAGUCUCCUCUGACUCACUGAUCCACCUCCACACCUUCAACGCCACAUUCACUCAACCUCUUUAUCCUGGGUUUAGGUUAGGAGCUAGUUCCUCAGUGUCUCUGUGUUCUCUGUAGGACGGAGAUUCUCCUCCUGUGCACAGAAACACUCACACUGCUGACCAACACACACAAUCUCUUUGUCAAUCAAACCACCUCCUAACUCACUGCAUGUCCAUGGUUUAAAAUACCUUUAAAUAUGUUUUCAUUCAGGUUUUUGGGGCGUUUCUGGGAAAACCUUUUACUACAUUUAUUUGAUACUUUAGUUACUUUGCAGAUUCAGAUUAUUAAUACAAAAAUCAACAAAUACAUGAUGCAUCAUUAUAGAUGAAGAUGAACUGUAUUGGUUAAAUUCACAUGCUACCCAGCAGGUUAUGAAGUCAUUAAAUCCACCUUUUUAAUCUUGACAAUGUUCAGAAAGCUGCUCUCCAUUGGUUUAGAUGGUUUUGCUUCCAGCUGGCAGCCAAUCAGAGAGUGAGCCUGCAAAGUGAGCAACAGGAGGCAGCAGAUCCACAAAUACUGAAAUAUUCUGCAACAUUCAAAAUGGAGAGAAACACACACAAGACUAAAUAUCAAAAGUGGCACGUUAGAAAUGUCUUUAAAAAAAAAAAAAAAGCGAGAGACACGCCCACCAAACGAGAGAAAACAUAACUCAACACAGUUUGACACCGAUCAGAUGUCGUUCAACCAGGAAACCGUAAAGGUGCCCCUGAUGUCUGUAUUAGAGUUUAAUCUGAGGAUUGUGAAAAUGGGAUUCAGUAAAACACGCUUGUUAAAUCACUUUUAUUCUGAUUAUAUUGAAUGUUAUAAUAAUUGAAAGAUUUUGAUUUAAGAAUAAAGAGAAAUAAAUAUUGUACAUAAAUAUAAAGUGAUCAUUUCUCUGCUAAAAUAAAAAUGAUAAUUAUUAUA